GCAAUAUGUUAGGUUAUGGUUAAGCAAGAAUCUGCGAAGAAUAAAUAAAAAUAACAUUGAUAAAUAAAUAGAGUAAAUGCUGACUUAAAAGUUGUGAAUUGCUUCUCCACUCACAUACUCCAAGUAUGUAUUCUCCCAAAUUGUGUGCCUUAAUAGGUGGAAAUUUAAGAUUGUCAAAUGCCAGCAACUUGAUAAAAGAAACGAAAUGCACUUGCUCCACUUUUCCUAGACAGGCUAGGGUAGUUAUUGCAGGUGCAGGAGUGGUGGCCAAUUCAGUAGCUUACCACUUAACUCUGAACGGUUGGAAUGAUGUUGUUGUUUUAGAACAGAAUAAAAUAGGAAGUGGUACUUCGAGAUUUGGUUCAGGCACUUUGGGACUUUUCAAACCAAUAGCUCAUAGAAAUUUGAUAUGGUAUAGUAUUAAGUUAUACAAGGAGUUACAAGAAAUGGGAUUCGACAUUGGUUUGAAACAAUGCGGCAGUGUAUAUUUGGCCCAAACGAGAGAUAGAAUGUUAACACUGAGAAGACGUAUGGCCUAUAACAUACCUACAGGUUUGGAAUGUGAACUAUUGGAUGGAAAAGGAUUGAAAAAACUCCAUCCAUACUUAGAAGUGAGUGAUCUAGAAGGCGGUGUGUGGAUUCCACAAGAUGGUGUAGCUGAUCCUAAGUCAGUGUGUAAUGUUCUUGCUCUUCUAGCACAACAGUCUGGAGUGAGAUAUUUUGAAAAUACCAAAAUACACAAUGUACUAACUAAUAACAGAACUGUGGAUGAAAUUCAAACAAGUAAAGGCAAUAUACAAUGUGAAUUCUUUGUGAACUGUGCAGGUAUGUGGGCCAGAGAUUUAGGACUAAAAUCAAAUCCGCAAGUACAUAUACCCGCCUACCCAGCAGCUCAUUAUUACGGUACUUCGGGUCUACUUCAUGAGUUUAUCGAAGAUACAUUACCCAUAGUUCGAGAUUUCGAUUCAAACACCUACAUAAGGGAAUAUGACGGGGCAUUUUUAGUGGGUUGGUUUGAAAACGAAGCACAACCCGCUUUUGAAAAUCAAAAGGAAAUUCCUAGUGAUUGGAUGGCACACUUGAAGAUUGACAGUGACAAAUUAAGGCCCUUGUGGAAUUCUGCCAAACAUAGAAUGCCAAUCCUUUCAAAUUGUUAUUAUGAGCCUGAGUACGUAAACUCCCCUGAUAAUUUCACACCAGAUGGAAGAUGGAUUCUUGGUGAAGCCGCAGAAGUUGCAAAAUACUUCAUUGCAUGUGGUAUGAAUGGUAAUUCUCUGCAAGGAGCAGGAGGAAUAGGAAAAGCUGUGGCAGAAUGGAUAAUUGAAGGACAGCCAACUCAAGAUCUCCUCCCAUUCAAUGUUCAAAGAUUCUUAAAUAUUCACAACAGCAGGCCGUACCUGAAGCAAAGAAUAAGAGAGGUUGUAGGAAGACAUUAUGCUGUACUCUACCCCCAUCAGUGUGAAUAUAAAUACGGGAGAAAUUUAAGAUGCUCACCUCUGUACAGUGUACUAGAAGAUCGUGGAGCAGUUUUUGGUAUUAAAAUGGCUUAUGAAAGAGCUCUCUAUUUUGAUACAACUUAUGAAAAGAACCAACCAAAACCAAAGAUGCCACCUGGUACAUUUUACAAACCCAAAUUUUUCGAUUUCAUGAAAGAUGAAUACAACGCAUGUAGAGAAGGUGUUGGAAUAAUCGACAUGUCCUCUUUCUCAAAAAUUGAGAUUAAGGGAAAUGGUGCAGAUACCCUGAAAUAUCUCCAGAUGUUAUGUUCGAAUGAUAUGGACAUAUCGGUUGGAACAAUCGUAAGAACUGGGAUGCAAAAUGACAAAGGGGGAUAUGAAAAUGAUUGCAUGAUUGUUAGACAAUCAGAAACAGAUUUUUUCAUGGUGUCACCAACAAGCCAACAAACACGAAUUUUUGAGUGGAUGAAUAGGCAUUUACCCCCGAAAUCCUCUAUAGUGUUGAAUGAUGUGACUUCUAUGUAUACAGUAAUCAAUGUGGUGGGUCCUAAAGCCCCAAAUUUGCUCAUGGAGUUGUCGAAUACAAAUUUGAACUUGCAACCAUUUUUAUAUAAAAAAGUUAAUGUAGGUUACGCCUCUGAUGUAAUGGUGAUGUCUUUCACUCAUACUGGUGAGCCUGGAUAUUGUUUAUAUGUGCCUUCAGAAUAUGCACUCCAUGUAUACUUCCAAUUAAUAAAGGUGGGCUUAGAUUAUGGCGUUAGAGAUGUGGGGACCUUAACUCAGCGAUUCAUGAGAAUAGAAAGAUUCAUACCAUUUUGGGCUGAAGAGCUAUCGAGUUUCACAACACCCUUUGAAGCAGGCAAUGCCUAUACAGUUAGACUUGAUAAGAAGGAAAAUUUCAUCGGCAAACAAGCUCUACAGAAACAAAAGCAACAAGGUGUGUUCAAGCAACUUGUUAUGUUUCACCUUGAACAUUUGGACCCUGAAGUGGAUAUAUGGCCAUGGGGAGGAGAACCCAUCUAUAGAAAUGGCAAGUUUGUGGGAACAGUAACCUCGGCAGGAUAUGCUUUUUCUUCGGACAAGCUGAUUUGUUUAGGAUUCAUGAGGCGUUCAGACGCCUGUCAGACAACACCUUUAACAACAGAUUAUAUUCUCAGCAAAGAUGCAAUUUACAAAAUCGAUAUUGCUGGACGCAAAUUCACAGCAAUUCCACGUUUACAUGCCCCGGUGCUGCCCCAAAAAAAUCAGGAUUCCAAUUAUAAACCGACACUCACGCAUUACACAAGUGAUAUAUCUACAUGAUGCCAAAACAGAGUCUCUUUUGGCUGUGAUUUCGUUUUGUUAGAUACGAUUAUUUAUUAAAAUAUCUGUUUGAA